AUGCCAGCCGACCGGACCGUCGGUCCCGUUCGAACUCAAACUCUGUUCUUUGGCGCAUCCAUUCAAUCUCACCCAUCGGCACUGCCGGUGCUGUUCGACUCGCGCAAGAGCACGUCAAGCUUUGACGCAGUCACGCUCCCGUCCGCACUCGGAAAGUCGGGUUGGAUCCGCACCGAUCCAGCUAGCCUCAAGGCAUUGUUCCCUCUUGCCUUUGAACGCCCUUCGAGUAACCUUCAAACCCACGCGCAUACUUUUAUGCCGUUUGGGCUGCUCGGCUCAGGCUGCGCUUCACGCCGACCGAAACCUGUCCGAAACGCCCGGACCAAGCGCUCGACCUGGGAGCACACGGGGCGCUCAGCCCUUCGCGCAACUGCAUUCGAGCUCGAACGCCUGAUCAUGGGCAGCAGCGAGUGCCUCGGUAGCAUCACUACGACUUCCACGCCCAGUACCGACACCGACCGUCUUUCCAGGACGUUCAGCGACUGCCGGCCGACUGCACUCUCUUCAUCGAUGACGGCCGCUCUGCCGCUCGAGAUCGUGGAUCUCAUCCUGCUUCUGUCGCUCGAGCAGGGUGGCGGCUCGAUCCGACGAGGACGUGAGGCUCUGCUUCCGCAAGGAGCCUCCUCGACCACGCCGCCAGCGUCGAGCUUGUCGCCGGCGGCCUUGAGAAGGCUCGAGCAGGUGCUUGACCCUUGGCAAGCUGCGGCCAUCAGCUGCCUUUCACGACAUCAUCGCCAGCGAUUUGAACAGCAGCUCUACCGACACAUCUAUCUACACGACGUGCGUACGAUUGCGCUCUUGUGCCGCACGCUCACCGCCCGCCCCGAUUUGUGCAAUCAUGUUCGCUCGCUCGCUCUAUUCUGCGACCCGUCGGAUGGCAGCCAUCGACUCCCAUCGGGUGUGCCGACUGCGGACUUUGUAGACGGUGUUUCCGAAGCAUCAGCUGACAUCACGUCGGCAGCGGACGUGAUCCUGUCGGCAUGUCCGAACAUCACCCACCUGCUCCUCUCCUGCGAUCAAUUCAGCAGCUUGUCCGCCGGCAUCUACCGCCUGCUACGGCCCAAGGAGAUCACCCUGGUAACCGUUGCCAGCGUCGCCGUCCUCGACGGUAUCGUUUCGCGCCAUCGCGACCUCAUCGCCGCCGCUCUCCAGGACGAUCCAAGGAUGCGUGCCAUCUUGGGCACCACCUCGUCCGCCGCGCCCGACGAGCCGUCGCCAAUCGGUGAAACGUUCUCGGCGCACGAGUCAUCUCCGUCCCCCUCGUCCGCACCGCCCACACCGCAUGCAGAGCGUUCACUCUCACAUCUUCAUCUCGUCAACUUCGAUGGCCGGCUUUUGCAUCACCUGGCCACGCUCUCGUCGCUGACGCAUCUCGUCCUCACCCAUCCAAUUCUCCCAGAGACACGUCCGGGCAUGCCGGGCUUGUCAAUCAUCCCGCGCUCUCACCUCAUGCUCCUCCUCGGCUCGGGCAACAUCCAGCGCAUCGUCAUUCGCGCCGACCUGGCUACUUGCAUCCGUCUCGUCGAGGAGCUCGCCCCAAUCGAAGAUCAGAAGCUCGUCUUUCGUCCUCUCGCAAAGUCUGGCGACCUUCUCUUUCCCGAGCCAGAGCGGCGUCCGCGCUUCUCCGCCUCACUCACCGCACAAGCCUCCAGCCUUUACGAUGCGGUGGCGGCAAGCAAGCUGGACCUGCUGUCCGAGUUCUUCGGCAGAGUUCGCGUCCAUGCGCAGCGAUUCGAGUCGGCGCUGUCUUCGGACGAUCCCGACACCAGCCGUGGCUCCUCGACUCGAUUCCGUCACCCGCGCUCAUCGGAUAGCUCUGGCGGUGCUACUAGCCAGAGCGCGUCCACUGGGUGGGAUGACGAUGGCUCAGACGACGUCGAUGACGAAGUCUUGCAAGAGUUCGGCGCCGAGGAUAGUCCCGAGCCUCCUGCGUCCGAGGAUCCCGGUCGUUCGGUCCCAGCGACGGCGCACGGCAGCACCAGCAUCAACGCGCCCCCGCUCAACAUCCCUAUCGAAGAGCUUUUGCGGGCCGAGCGCUUCACGCCCGCUGGGCUCGCGCGUACUGCCGCCCCCGCCUCCCAAGCAAGCAGCGGCUCUCACGACCUCUCCUCCUCCGCCUCCUCGAGUCCACAUGGCCAACGUCGCCGGCUCCACCGCUCACCCUUUGCCCUCCGCAAGAACGACCUUCGCGGCGCGACCAACUCGAACCUCGACAUCCUGGCCAACUUGUACGAAGCGCUCGCGUCGCAUGCCGGUUUGGAACAGGAGAUGAACUUCUGGUGA